AUGGAUGUGCAUCAGCCUGGGAAGUGCGGUGGCCACGUGUGCCUGCCUGGUGCUUCGGAGCAGACUGAGAAGUGCCCCAGGUUCUGCGGGGUCCCAAUAUCCGCGUCCAAGCCGACACUUCCGAACCUGGCGGUCGAACUGCUGCGGCGCCAUCACCUGGAGGCGCUGCAGCGGCUGGAGGCGGAGAACGCGGCGCUGCGCGCGCAGCUGGCGGCGCAGAAAUGCGCAUCUUGCUGCGAGGCACACGAGGAGAAGCCCAGCGCCGGCGAGCUCAGUCUUACGGUGGAUCCGCCCUGCGUCGUGCCAGAAGCUGUGGACGGCACCUUUUCGGCCUGGAGCUCUGCGUUGUGCAGCCCCCCGGUGCAGCUCCGCAUCAUCGCCGACGACGUGUCCAUGACCCUCACGGUGCACAAGGCGGUGCUCCAAAGAUCUCCUUACUUUCAAGCGCGACUGGCAGAGCACUGGAUGCGAGAGUCCGCCGGUUUGCUGCCGCUGCGCUUGCCCCCGGGCUGUCCGGCCUCGGCCGCCAGCCUGGUCUUCAGACAUCUCUAUGUCCAGGAGAAGAGCACUCCCGGAGGCCUUGCGAGGAGCGGCGCCCAGCUGCGGCUGGGCGACGCCACCGUGGCCAUCGGCGCGCAGCAGCUCGCGGAGAUGCUGCUGCUGGAGGACCUUGCUGAGGAGCUCUCACGGGUGGCCACCAGCCUCUUGGCGUCCCCGGAGGAGGCGAGACGACUGCAGGAGCGCUUCGUGUCGCUGCCGCCGCAGCUGACCAAGGUCUGCCAGGCCGUGCAGCGCUCCCCUGCGGCGGAGCUGAGGGCAGAGGAGCUGGCCUUGAUGCUGCGGGGCUCCGCCGGCUCGGCGCCCGCGCGGCCGCAGGCGCAGGCGGUGCUGGCCGCCUGCGCGGAGGCCGGCGCGCCGCAGGCCUGUCGCGAAGCAGUGAUCUCGGCUUUGGAAGCUCUGCCCUUCAAGAUCCCGCUGGCGCCGGACAAAGGUGUUGACAAAGUCCGCAUCAACCGCGCCGCCUUUGAGUGGCUCUGGGACUUGGCCGAGGAUUAUGUCUUAGUGACAGAGAUCCCCUCCAACGAGUGCUCGAAUGCGUGCGGGCGCUCGCUUUUGCCCUUCUUCACCGGCCUGGCACGGGCGCAGGAGUUGCACUCGAGCCCCCGCUGCCCCAAUGAACUUUUUGACGACACCGCGGAGCCCGUGCGGUUAGCAUUUGGAGCGUAUCUGCAACAUUUGGCCAUCCUGCAACAAUGCGAGGAGCUCAACCAGGCCUUUCGGCUGGGUGCCGCGAAGACAGUAAAGUCUCCUGUCAUUCAUCGAUCGCAGACCUGCACCAUCCAUUAUCCGAACAUGCUGCAUUUCGGCUUGUGGCCGGCCUCACAAAACCUCCUGCCGCGUUUGCUGCAAGCGCCUGCCGCGCGAGCGGUGGUGCUGUCCUCGCUGUUGGAGUUGCCUGCGGAGGCGCUGGCGGAGCUGGUGACCGAUGCGCUGCUCGAGGCCUUGGGGGCAGAUGCGGUGGUGGUGUGCAACAUCUUGGCCAAGGAUCCCAAUGUCUUGGCAUCAUGGGCGACCUGCAAAAGGCUGUUGGCCCUGCCGCUGCUUGCACAGCGACGACUCUGCGCCUGCCUCGCACCUUCCUUGGGCUCCCUUUCCCAGGACAUCGCACAGGUUGUGGUGCAAGUUCUGGCCGGAAAUUCGGACAUGGACUCCAAGCAUCGAGUCGAGGAGGACGUGGUCAGUAGGCAUUGGUGGCGUGCGCUUUGGCUGCUGAUUUCGGUGCUCCUGAUCGCGAUGAUCUUACGCCUUAGUCGGGUCAGUGAUGUCGUGUGA